AUGAGUAAAAACGGGACGGCAACGGUGCAGGCGGACCUUCUGGCAGCACUCCUCUCAUCGGCACAGCGGGCCGGGGCGGACGCAGCAGAUGCCAUGGCGACACGUGCCGCAUCUAUCUCGACAACCGUUCGCCAGGGACAAGUUGAGGAUACGGAGCACGCAGUUACCGUCAAACUGGGCUUGCGCGUCUUUACGGGCCAACGCGUUGCCUCUGUUUCAACGACCGUAACAUCUUCAGAUACAUUCGACGCGCUCGCAGAGCAGGCGGUUGCCAUGUCGCGCGCCUUGCCGGAAAACCCCUAUGUCAGCCUGGCUAAGCGGGAAAUUAAGGGGCAACUCGAUGCGGGCCAGGCAGCCUUGCACGAUGGAAGCAAUCUGCCAAGCCUUGAAACACUUCAGAAAAUGGCUUUGGAAGCGGAAAAUUCCGCGCUGGCACAACAAGGAAUCUCGAAAAGCAACGGGGCAUCGGCCUCCUCAUGGCAUGCGCAGUUUGCGCUGGCAGAUAGUGACGGAUUUGCAGCGCAGAGUAGCGAGACAAUUUUCGGUAACAGCAUCAGCGUCAUUGCCGGUCAAGGUGACAAUAUGCAGCGCGAUUACGCGUCUCAUGUGACGCGGCGCCUGAGUGACCUUGAUCCGCCAGCGCUUCUGGGACGGAGGCGGCUGAGCGUGCCUUGA